AAUGGAGUGUCAAUCCCAACGGAUGAAUAAAGACAAUAUUGAAGCCCUGAAAAAAGAGGAGACUGUCUUGAGAAAAGAAAAUGAAGUUGACAAAAUAUUUGGAACAAAUUAUUAUUUUAACAAUUUUUCAGAGGAAUUAGAGCACAAGGAUAUUGAUUAUUCAACUACAGAAGAUAUUUUACCUCAAGAUAUGCGUAUCGAUUUUAUGAGUCAGGAAACACUUGCCUUUGCUAAGAAACUUAACUUUUUUGGAUCGUUUAUCUUUGAGCAUUUUGAUUUAUUUUCUAUGAAAACUAAGAAUAAAAUUAUUGCAAAUUACAUCAAACGCUCAUUUCCAGAGAAGAUGACAACUUUAACAGUCUACUCUGGUUCAGAUCUUCUUCCAAUAACUUCUCAUGUUUUCAAUAUAAUCAUGAGGAUCAACUCUAGAGUAUUGAAGAAAAUUAUUAUUCGCAAUUACAAAAUCAGUAUCCACCAGUUUAAGAGAAUCAUGGCUUCAUAUAAGAAUGUUUAUGAAACACAAUUCGGUGGUUGCAAAAUCUCAGUCCCUACAGUCUUUGACCUUUCUCAAUCAAUGAGGAAUACUAAGAUCAAUCAUCUUGAAUUUGUAUUUUGAGGAAACCCUGAACUUUCCGAUUGGAAGGACAAUCCUCAAAAGUUUAUCACCCUAAUCCAAUGACUAGCCACUUCUCCAGAUUUUAAGUUAAGCAUCAAAACAAUAAGAGUUGUGUACUGUGGAAUUGAAAGUAAAAAAUGCAGACAAAUUCUUGAUGAAAAUGGAUUUAAUGAUGUUAAAUUGUAGUAACAAAUUGGC